UUUUCCUUACAGAACUCUGCAGAACAGGGGCUGCUCCAGAGCCUAAACUUCAGUGUAACAUUUACAAACAGCUUUAUGAAAAGCUUGAGCAAAAGAAUUCAUCCUAAGACAGAAAAAGCCGCUUCCCUCCCCCCUUUUUAUUUUGGAAUCACCAAAAAUUCCUGUUCCUCCAGCAAGCAGCCCCAGUUCUGAGCCAGAUCCCCAUGGAGGCCAGCGAGAGACCAUUGUGCACAGCAGCAAGAAACCAAGAUGCUCCUUAAGGAAAAGAUCCAUGCUCGGGCCGGGUGAUGGAGCACUGCAGAUAAGAGUUCGCCGCUGAACAGCCAGCCAUGCAAUAGGAGCCCAUGCUUCCCACCGAGGAGUGACCCUGGUGUGUGCCACACAGCCCAGAGUGCUGCAGGGAGGAGACAGGACAUGCACCGAAUCAGCUGCCUUCUUUCGGGACUCGCCUUCAUCCUCAGUGCCACCAGCACAGACAGUUUUGCCCGGGUGGGCCGCAGGACCUGCGCUGCGGAGCCGCGGAGCCGCACAACUGCCCACACCGAGUCCCACGUGCAGCCCGUGUACCUGCCCUACCUCACCACCUGCCAGGGCCACCGCCUGUGCAGCACCUACAGGACCAUCUAUAAGGUUGCCUACCGGCAGGUGUACAAACAGGUACCGCAGCCUGUGGCCUCGUGCUGUCCUGGCUGGAGCAGAACCAGCAGCUAUGAGCUCAGCUGCAACACAGCUCUGUGCCAGAUGCCAUGCCAGAAUGGUGGCCGCUGUGCCUUCCCUGGAAGAUGUGCCUGCCCACCCGGCUGGAUGGGGCCUUCCUGCCAGACAGAUGUGGACGAAUGUGCCAGCCAGAGCCAUGGGUGCAGCCAGCUCUGCGUCAAUACAGCUGGGAGCUUCCACUGUGCAUGCCGGGAUGGCUUUAGCCUCGCUGCUGAUCACAAGGCAUGCCAGCCUGUGGUCCCACACCCCAAGCCAGGAACCUUCAUCCAAGCAGAUCCUUCCAGUGAAGUGAAGGAAGAAAUGAAAGACCUCAAGAGCAGAGUGGAAGCACUGGAGCAGAAACUCCAAUUGGUGCUGGCUCCCUUCCACAACCUCAUGCCAUCUGCACCAGAGGACGUUGGCACAGACCCCAUCAGCCGACUGUCCCACUCCCUCCAGCAACUGGACAGAAUUGACUCCUUGAGUGAGCAGAUCUCCUUCCUCGAGGAGCGGCUGGAGACUUGUUCCUGCAAGAAUGAACUCUAGCUGAGCAGCCAAAGAACCAGAACAGGCCGACUGCAUCUGUGGCUUGUCUCUGUCUCCAGUCCCAGGCUGGAGCCAAAGACGCAUCACCUCCAGUAAGACACAGGGUAGAAAGAGAAGGCUGGUUUCCCAUCAGCAUCUCCAGUAUUUUCUCUUCCAACUCACCUUACCAAAGGUCAUGAAGCUACUUCCAAACUGGACUUUUAAACCUGAGCAUCUCACCCCACUCCUGCUGGAGAGGAAGAAAAUAAAUUCCUUACCUCUUGCCAUUAGCAGUUCCUGUCUGGCUGUGCCAGAGACUGGUUCUAAACGA